GGAGCCAGGGCCCCGCCUCAGGGACCUGUGGCCUCGGCACUGGCCCCUGCAGUCAGUGGUGCCUUGUCAGGGUGAGCAGCCAUCUGACUCCAGGGACCCCGCGUCCCCACGGCAGAACAGUGGGGGCCUGGGCCACCCGGCCGGCCCGUCCCAUGGAGCCCCAGGGUGAGAAGCCCGGCGAGGCGGACGGGGUGCGGCUCACACCCCAGCUGCUCAAGGCGCGCUCAGGCGAGUUCUCCCUGGAGUCCAUCCUGCUGCUGAAGCUGCGCGGCCUGGGGCUGGUGGACCUGGGCUGCCUGGGGGAGUGCCUAGGCCUCGAGUGGCUGGACCUGUCUGGCAACGCCCUCACCCAGCUGGGCCCGCUGGCCUCCUUGCGCCAGCUGGCCGUGCUCAACGUCGCGGACAACCAGCUGACGGGGCUGGAGCCGCUGGCCGCCUGCGAGAACCUGCGGAGCCUCAACGCCGCGGGCAACCUGCUGGCCAGCCCGGGCCAGCUGCAGUGCCUGGCCGGCCUGCGGGGCCUCGAGCACCUGCGGCUCCGGGACCCGCUGGCCCGGCUCAGCAACCCGCUCUGUGCGAGCCCCGCCUACUGGGCAGCGGUUCGCGAGCUACUGCCAGGUCUGAAGGUCAUCGAUGGCGAGCGUGUGACUGGCCGUGGCAGCGAGUUCUACCAGCUCUGCCGGGACCUGGACCGCUGCCUGCGCCCCAGCACCAGCCUGGGCCCUGGGGCCGCCGAGGCCCAGCCCUGGGUGGAGCCUGGGUACUGGGAGUCCUGGCCGGCCCGCAGCAGCUCCAUCCUGGAGGAGGCCUGCCGGCAGUUCCAGGCCACGCUGCAGGAGUGCCGCGACCUGGACCGCCAGGCCCAUGACAGCCUGGCCCAGGCCGAGCAGGCGCUCAACCCUGCUGGCACCACCUCGUCCUUCGUCUUCUGAAUGUAGCCUGGUACUGGAUCAGGGCAGCGGUGCCACCUGCUUUGCCCCUCCACUCCGACCCCCCCCCCCCCACCUCGGCUUGUCACUAGUCAGUAGCCUUGCAAGCCAACCCUUCCUCUGUCCUUGGAGCAGCCCCUCCCUCAUGCUCACCUGCUUCCACCACGUCCAGGACAUCCCCUAAUAUCCUACCCACCCACCCCCACAAGUGCCCAGGCUGGGUCACACGCCCACUCCUGGCUGCUCAGGUCUGAGACUCAGGAGGACGUUGCUUUUUCUAAGGCAAAUGGUGGGCAGAGCGCAGGAGCCGGAAGCUGCUGCAGACCCCAGACCCUGUCCACCAGGCCCCAUCCCGGCGCCUGCAUCGCCCAUCCCCAUCCCCACGAGUCCCUAUUAAAUCUUUGGCUCAGUCCUGUCCUGUCAAAUCUUCGGCUCAUCUGCCUGUCAUUUCGCCCACCCCCGCUGGCCUCCUGCCCGGGGAGACAGGCCUUGCAGGGGCCUGAGCCAAGCAGGUGAGGGAGGCGGGGGAGGUGAGAAUGCGAUUUUAUUGGUGCAGGGGUGGGUUGGCCCUCGGGGCCCUCGGGGUGCAGCAGAGGGAGGCCUUCCUCACUGGUUCCCCCCAGCUGCCCGGAAAGCGGGAAGGGAUUCUAGAGGAAAGGGGAAAAACAGAUUUGGGGGUGAGGGGCUGUCAUGGUCCCAUCCCAGCUUUCCCUCUGUGCCCCAAAUCCAUCCUCCACCCAGCCUCGCACUAGCUGCUCUUCACCCAAGCCCCCUCCCAGCCGCCCCUCCCCUGGGCGCCCACCUGUCAGGCUCAGCUGGGGGGCAGUGCCUUGGAGAAGGCAAAUUGUCCGGGGAAGUAGA